AUGUAUUGUAUGGAUGAUUCACCUGUCAACACGCAAGCUGAUGGACCGUCCAUGGUGCCCGAAACAACACCACAUGAUAUGGAUUCCGAAUAUUCAUUAGCCGAUCUCUGGAACAAGAUCAUCGGCAGUCAAACGCUCCAGCUGGAUAACGAAUUUCCGGACCUGUUUGCUGAACUGCAGGCGUACAUUGCCUCAGGACAAAUAGCCAUCUCGACGCCCAUCGUUCCCACCAACAAGGAGCGCGAGCUUAUUGAUGACAGCGCACCUGACUUUGGGAUUGAAAUUCCUGAGAUAUUUGCAGAUGACCCACUUCUUGAACCAGCAAGCACCAAUUACACUGUCUCCCCAGACCAGCCAUUAUAUCCCUGGCCCUCAAAAGCACAUUUCACCACCUCCCUUCUCUUGAGUUCCCUGCGGCUUCUGUUCUCUGAAGCCCAAAAGAAGGCUGUUUUGAAUUGGGCCAAAGAACUUGGUAAGUGUCAGAGUUCCAUGCAGGAUCUCAUCGGUGAUCCCACUGAGAAGGUAACAUCUCACUCGGGAAAUGUAUUCUACAUCAAUAGUGUUGUGAAAGCAAUUGCAAAGGACUACGCCAAUCCCCUCACUCGCCUCACAAUGCAAGACUAUCAAGAGGAUGGCAGAAAGGGAAUGUCAGAAGUGUUCAAUGGGAAGAAGAUGCUGUUUGAUCUCCUGUCGCCACCAGCAGUUCAGGUGGACAGGACUGUGUAUUUUAUGGACAAAUUGUUACAGGAGUCAUCAGGAGGCUAUUUCAUCCCCAAACGAUUCUUUCUCGCUGCCGCUGAUGCCCCUACUGAUACUACCGAACCCUGUGAGCAGUCAGAGAAAGUCCUUUAUGCAUUGGGUCGAGCCAUUGAAUGGACGGAGGCUGGGUUCAUUGUUAGUGAUGGUGAGGAGAUCAUACCGACAUCUAUGUUUCUACGAUCAUUUGGAGACAUUGCCGCAACCUGCGGCGAGCUUGACUGUGGCCUUACGCCAUCUUCUGUCAAAUAUGCGUCGCUUUCACCCAAUCUGCUGCGAGAGAACUCAAAAGGUCAAAUGGUGCAUACUGUCCCCUUAAUUAUCUUCAUGGAUGAUUUGAUGCGAGCAAUGAAAGAGUCCAUUUCUGAUGCAGCACAAUCUGGUGUCAUAGUGUGGGAUUGUAAGUACAAUGAAGAGGUCAUGCUUGUCCCAUAUGUGCUAUUUCUCACUGGAGAUAAUCCAAUGCAAGCUGAAGAAUGCAGUCAUGCGGGACUUAGCUGCAACCAUUUUUGUAGGACGUGUGACAUUGGUGGAACAAAAGAAUAUAAGGAAUCGGAAGCUGGCUACAACGGCAUCUUUACAUCUGGUAAUCUACGAACCCCUGAGAAGACAAGUCAAGAAAUUCAACAGCAGUUUCAAAUGGCCUUCAAAUUGGAUGCUACAACAAAAAUUCAACAUUCAAAAUUGGUCGAACUUGGCAUGAAGCUUCGAAAAUGUACUGUGGGGUGUCAAUCAUUGCCCAAAAAUGAAGUUGAAGCCACCCUUCGAAAAGAAUUCAAAGAACUUUUGAAAGGUGAAUGGCUUGAUGACACUAUCAAUCCCUUACUCAGAAUGAAUGGCUUAGAUAUUCAUAUGGAUACCCCAACUGAGAUCCUUCAUACAAUACUCCUGGGUGUUAUGGCAUUUCUUCUUGAGAAAGCAAAGUUCUUCCAGAUCUUUCAGUACCGGCUCGAGUCCAUCGACAAGGAUGGCCUGAAUGCUCCUUGUCUAAAUGUUCUAUCUUAUCUUGAUGAACAUCCUGAACAAGCAAGGCUUCUAGGUAUACCAAACUCGAGUCACAGUCCUCCGAUACCUGGUUCGGGAAAAAUCGAAACUGCUACUGCCAUUGCAACAGGAAAGUCAGUGCGAAACAAUGUGGCCCCAUGGGAGACCACUUGUUGCGCAAAGAUUCUUGGGACUGUUCAGCCUGGAAGUAUGUAUUUUGCGGGCAAAUCAGUUGUGACAAGUGAAGGUGAAUACGCAUGUUUGAAUAGUUAUGUUAUAUUUCGACAGCCAAUGGACAAGAAGGCCACCCUCGAGCACAAACCAACCCCCAGUUUUUUUCUCAAUGUCUACUCUAUCCAUAACUACGAUCACAUCCAACGUGUUGUUCCCAUUGCACUUUGUGAGACACUGCUCCGGGUUACCAAUGUAGCUGAAAGAGUGGCAAAGAAAGGUGGAGACAAGCCUCAACUAGCAGGUAGUGGUGAUGGUGUGGAUGCUCAACCAUCUUUGGCGCCACCUUCUGCCUUUGAUCAUACUCCGACCAAACCACAGAAGCCUACACCCAAAGCCAAGGCAAAAGCAAGCACAGGUGGCAUGUCUGAGGCAGCACCUUCUCAGCAUUUGGGGGCAUUACAACAACAGCAAAUCGCCUUUGCACCACCAAUGGGGGCUCCUCUGCAACACUUUUAUUCACCUGCACCCCAACCAUACUAUCCUCCACAUCAGUCUUUCCCUCCACCCCUGCCAAUUCCUUCUCUUCCCCUCUUACACUCCUCACCUCUACUUCACCAAUCACCAUCCUAG